AUGGAUGAUGACUCAGCUUUCCUCUCUCUCCCUUCUCUCUCUCUCUCCCCCUUAUUCUCUCUCUCUCUCCUUCUCUCUCACUUUCUCUCGCUCUGCCUCUCCUCCUCUCUCCCCUUUCCCUCUCUUUCUUUCUCCCUCUCAUUCUUCCACUCUCUCUCUCACUUUCUCUCUCCCUCUCACGUUCUCGCUUUUUCUCUGCCAGUUUUACUUAUUCAUAUCAAGGUUCAUCAAACGAAAGUGCUUGGCCGGUGUCCGCGUUGUUUCUCUAAUUCUUCCUCAAUAUCUUUUCUUUUUCCCUCAUUUCCCCUGUCCUCUCUCUUUCUCUCUCUCUCUCUCUCACUCACUCGCUUGCUCUCCCUUCCUCUCUCUCUCUCUCUCUUAUUCCCCCUGCUCUCUCUCUCUCGCUCUCUCUUUAUCUCUUUCUCCCUCCCCUUUAUCUCUUUCUUUCUCCUUUUUCUCCCUCUCUCAUUCGAUAGAAACUCCAGUCCAAAAAUAACAGUAUCCCCCCCCACUCGUCGUCUUUUCGCCCUCUCCUCUACUCGCUCACCCUCCGGCCAUCAUCGAUGGUUGCCUAACCUGACUGCCGAACUCUAUCUUAUUAGACAGAACGUCAGCUAA